AUGAAAUUGGACGUGCAGCCUCAUGGAUUGCUUGUGGCCACAGAAAGUAGAGGAAUAAAAUCAGACUCUGUCCUUAUAUCACUGGAAGACAUGCAGCUGAGGGUACUAUCUCUGGUACAAGUUGAUGACUCUGGUACUACAGUCAGGAAGGGAACCAUCCCAGCGCUCCUUCCCCUCCUCGCCUCACACACUUUGGAGAACUCCCUCUGCUCGCAGAGCUCCUGCGUGCAGAGCGCAGCCCUCCCUGAGCUCAGUGGAGGCCGCCCUCCCCCUGGCGCUCUCAGACCCAGUAGCUUAAGGACCUCGCGGUCCUAUAAAGGCGUCAAGCUGGACGCCCCGACCACAGAAUCGCCCCACGGGGCUUUCCUGAACCCAGGCACCAUGAGCUAUGGGGACGAGCUGACCCCCGAAGCUCUGAGUGUGCCCAGCGGUUUUGAUGACCUGAUCACCUCCACCACCUCCCAGGUGCUGCAGGCCUUGUCCAAAGCCACAUCUGCGGUUGGCCAAGCUGGCCGCGAAGGCGUGCUCCCCAUUGAUAAACUGCCAGACAGCAUGGCAAACACAGGAGACCUGGCCGACGUGUCAGGUCCCAUAUCUUCGGAGAUGGUGUCUCAAGAUGAGCAGGUGCAGUUCUGGUUAGUGAUAGGGUACACCGUAGUGGUCUUUGCUGCCAUCCUAGGCAACUGGGUCUUAAAUCAUGUCAUUAUGAAAUACAAGAGGGUGCACACUGCUACCGGCCUCUUCGUCGUCAACAUCUCUGUGACCAACAUGAUGCUGGCUCUUCUCAGCUCCCCUUUCACCAUGGUGCGCUACCUAUGUAAUUCCUUGGUGUUUGGGAAGAUGACAUGUCACCUCAGUCGCUUUGCCCAGUAUUCUUGUGCCUAUGUAACUGUGAUGACCAUGGCUGCUAUUUCCCUGGACCGGCAUCGGGUGAUGUUAUAUCCCCUGAAGGCCCGAAUUACUCCAAUGCAAGGCAAUGUGUGCAUUAUUCUCAUCUGGAUUGUGAGCACCUGUGCUGCUUUGCCACAUGCCAUUUACCAGAAGCUUUACCAAGUGGAGAUUGGAAACAUAACUGAAGAAACUGCCUGCCUUCCUAGUUUCCCAUAUACUUCAAAAUCCACAUGGAAAUACCUUGAUCUGAGCACCUUUUUGCUUUUCUUCAUCCUGCCAUUGAUGGUGCUGGUGGUUGUGUAUGGUCAUGUGGCCAAGAAGCUGUGGAUCCAUAAUGCUGUUGAUGAUAUCAACAUCCACACCUACAUCUGCCAGCGUGGGAAGAAGAAGCAGACCCUGAAGAUGCUGAUGAUAGUGGUGCUUGUCUACACAAUCAGCUGGCUCCCCCUCAAUCUCUACUUGGUGCUGCUAUCCAGUGAAUCCAUUUCAAGCCACAAUAGUCUCUACUUCUUCCUCCAUUGGCUGGCAGUUAGCAGCUCCUGCUACAAUCCCUACAUCUAUUGCUGGCUCAGUGAUAGCUUCCGAAUUGAAGUUCAGAAGGUCAUCAUGGAAAUCCAGAAGAUGCUGAUGGAUGGAAUCAGUCGCCUGAGGGGCGAGCACCGCAGGCUGAGCUCUGUCUCACCCACUCACCGCUCUGCCUGGGUGGAUCCCAAUCCAGGAGUUCCCAAAUUCCCGACAUUCAAAGAUUUUGAUGAGCUACCCAGUCCCCCUCCCUCCCCAGGGGUGGAAAUCUCCUUUCUCUAUCCACGAGUGCCUAGAGUUUAAGCUGCCCAGACCGCGAUAGAUUAUCCAUCCUCAAAAUUUUUGAGAUAGGGUGGGACCAAAAUAAUUAUGAUUCAUUCACUUUUUUCAUAGUGGGGGGAGGGGCCUGUAUUUGAGGGACAGGGGUCAUUUGAACCACCAUACAUGCUCACUCUUUAAUUUCCUUCUCCCUGUCAUUUUUCUUGUUUCCCUUUCCUAUUUUUUACUCUCUUUCAAAAGUGAUUACACUGAAGAUAUUAGAUCUUCAGGGUCAUCAGAGAUGUUCUGAUGUUCACUCAAAGGAAAGCCCUACUCUGGUAUGGGGUCUCCUGAAUUACAAUUCUGAUCCUGGUCACCUUCUUGAUUUUUGUGUGCCACCUGGCCAUGGCACUUGUCCUCUGAUAUCCCAGAAGUUGUCUCAGGAGCUGCAAGAACCCCUAGAGAUUCUUAUUUGUGUUUUAUUUAGAUGGAUAAGAGGCCAAUCUCCUUAUCAUAUUCAGAGGGAAAUGCCAGGAGAGAAAGACAUAGUUCCUGAAAAUUUAUUUAGUGCUCUGGGAACUCAAAGCCUCUUGUAAGUGGAAGUUGUUAGUCAUAGCUUAUCUCCUGUGGCAAAGUGAGAAUGAGAAAUCUUACAGAUACAGAGGAAAAGACAAAGCAGUUAAACGGUUCACCCCAUGUCACCUGGGUUAUUUCUACAGGUUGCUAUACAAUAAUCUGUUGUUAGCUUCCCUUUGAAUGCAAUGAAAAUGGAAGUGCCCAAGUUAGCACCAUAAAAUCCAAAAAGUUCUCCCUGAUUCUUGAUUCUACAUUUAACAGCAUACCUUGUCUCUAUAAAUUUUUCCUGUAUAAUUUUGCUGUUCCUUUUCUGGAAAAAGAAAGAGUAUAAUGCACCCACUCUUGAUUUAAUUGAUCUAAUCUCUUUAGCCUAUGAGAAUUUCAAUUCAGCUGGAGAGAUGAAGAGAAAGAAUGCAGGUUCUUCUGCUUCCACAUGGUCUUUCCUGGAGACAAUGUUAUCGGUACUUUGAAGAAUGUUGUCUGUUUUGCGUGUCAAAAUGAUGCCAUAAUGAGAGUGGGAUUUCCUUUCCUCCUCGUAUUCCUCCUCUUCUCUUGUCUUCUCAUCCUCCAUCUCCUACUCCUCUUUGUUCCCUUCUUCCUCCCUGUUCUUACCUGCCUAACCUUCCCUUUCCUCUCCAGUCCAGUCCCCCCUUUCUAGUUCUCUUCUUUUAUCUUGUCUCCUCUUCUUGCCCUUCUUCUCUCCUCCGCCCUCUUCCUCAUUACUGCCGAAUCUCUUCCUUUUGCAGCACCAUUCCUCCAAGUGUGUUACACAGUAUCCUCAUAUUUUUACAAGUCUUCUGUUUUAAUAAACUGUAUUACAAACAAAGUUUUUUUAAGCAUUGAAACUAACCAUAUUUGGCAGGCAGUCUUCGAGGUAGCUACCAAUGAUCCUGUCUCCUUGGUAUGUCUCCUCCUUCUCAUAUGACACCUCUGUCCAACAAUUCAUGGAACAGCCACGUGAGGGAGCUGGAGCCAAUGCACUGAGAGUAGAAUGAUGAGCUAUUACUUCCUCCUCAUCUCUCCUGCUGAGUUGAAAUCCUCAAGGUUAAAGAUAUGGUUACAGUUAAAACAAUAGUAGCGCAUUAUACUUUUCCUUUCUCCAGAAAUGGAAAACCAGACAGCAUAAGUGUACAUGAGUCAAGUAUGAUGUUAGAGUCUAGAUAGUCUUAUACCACCCUGAUGGGACAGGGUUGGAUUGUUAGAGCUAGAACCUCAAGUAUCUAUGGUAGAUUUCCAUACUUGGUAUAGUGUUGCAUCCCUGUUUUAGAUCAAAGAGAAAUUGCUAGGAAAGAGCUCAUUUGUACUUUGAACACUCCUUAACAUUUCACUUUCAUAAAUAAAUCCAUUACCUCCUAUCUUGCUAUUUUCAACAUUCAAUUUCUUUCAACAAAAAUUGAACUUUUGUCACUUUAGCACAUGACUAGAUGUUUGGAGAAGUCCUAGGCUGACUACAUGACUACACUUGUUGUUGUCAACUUUAUAACCUGCACAUUUGUUUAUUGCCCCCUGUGGCUUCAGCUGUUUUUCAGAUUAAGUAGUCUUUGUGAGUGGUGAGCUCUGCUGGUACUUUUUCUCCCUCCUUCUGUAAAUCCUUCUCAUUCUCUGAACUAAGGACAUUGAGAUAUUCUUCCCUUUCUCCUUUUGGCAGAUGGAUACAACCCAGGACAUCGGGCUGACUGUCUAGGACCCUGCUACCCCACAAGGAGAGGGCAGAGUGGAAUUGCCCCUGGGAACCCAGUGCUUCUUGGAAGGACCAUCCCUUGCUCUGAUAUCCUCCUUCUCCUUCUUAGACCUAGGAGAAAUUUGGAUGAAAGGGCUAUCAUUGUAAUUUAAAUGAUUAUUGUGCUAUUGUAUUUUCACCUAAUGUUCUUUCAUUCCCAGGAAAUCCCCUCGCUGUUCUCAUCCUUACUAUCUACAAAGAAUCAGACUUUUUCUAUUUUCAGUAAGGUCGGGAAUAUGGAAUGUUCCAUGCUUUGAUGUCUGUUGCUGCCUUGGCUGUGAACUCCACACUCACAGAACUUCGUUUUUCCGUGAGCUUUGGUGAUGUAUGCAGUGUUUAAAGAACUAGGCCUCUGGAUAGUCUGAGUUUGAAGCAGGGUUUUGUUUAGUAGUUAUUUUUGUCAACAGCAACUAAUCUGAACUCAGCACCCAGCCAAGUCUGAGGGUGCUAUGAUUGUAAGUAACCUCUGGCUGGGGGGCUCAUUUGGUUGGAACAUGGUGCUAAUGAGCUCUAGGUCCUAGGCUCUAACCCAUGUGCGGCCAUUUAGCCCUGUGGGUUCGAGCACGGUGCUAAAGAACUAUGGUCAUGUGGUUUCAAAACCCCAUGUGUGUCUGUUUACACAGACUGCACCACUCACCCUAGCCAGCAUUUUCCUGAUCAUGGGUUAUCAGCUGCCUGGAAGAUCCAGAAAAACUGUUGUGUAAAUAAAUAGCCCUGCAAAACACAUUUUUCACUUCUGAGGAAACGAAGUGCACUCCCUCCUAAUGAUACAUUAGUAGUGUCACCUUCUUAUCCAAAGGACAUCACUUAUGAAAUGUAUAUUUGAUCUAAGUAAGUUGCAGCAAUGCCAGAAAGGACUCAUGAAUAUAAAUAGAUUCACACACAGAUAAUUACACAAAUAUAUACAGAUGAACAUACACAUAUACACAGACACAAAAGACACACAUGUUGAAGAGGCCCUUAAUGAAAGAAAAAAAAAAAGAUCUUGCUGGCCCAUGCUAGAAAACAGAAGGUUAAAUACCUGUUUAAAAGAUAAUACAUGAAGGUGGUAAGCCACUGGAAAUUCAUAAAGACAGUGAGAUUUGUGAGCUUGGUCCCCCCAUUAACACAUGUGGAGUAGAAAUGAGAACAGAGAGCUAAAAUGAUUUUGCCUAUCUUGUGAGGAGUUUUCUAAUCUUGUAUAUGUUUGUUUCUCCAUGACCUGGUUUAAUAGGCAGUUUUGCACCAGGAGAGGUACAUGCCUUAAUAUCAGCAAGUGCCUACCUGGAAACAUAAUUACAGAUUUGUAUCAUCUACUUGCUACUCUACCAUUGCUGAAGGCUGUCAUCAUCUCUAGACUGAGACAAAUUCUCACUGAGGGAAAAUCUGUUGUCCUCUGGGCCACGCAAGGGAGUAAAGAAGAUGGACCCAGUCUGGACAUGAAGUUGUUUAUUGUGGUAAUUCCUGGUAAAGGAUGCCCAUAUGUCUAGUUCAAGCUCUCUUCCCUUAAAAUGGUAAUAGAAAUAUGCUGUUUGUGAUGCCUUUCUCAUUUCCAAAUUAAGAUCCUGAGGGAUUUUGUAACAAGUGUUUAUUGUCAGCAUUCUUUGCCAUAUUGGAAAACUAGAUACUUCCAGGUAAUCUAGAUAGGACAGUGGAUUUUAUUUUCAAAUAUGUUGGUGAAUGGAAAUAGUCUCUGAAAAUUACAGUUCUAAACAAUGGAAUUGAACUUGAUGAUACCUUAAUGACUUUUAACUUUUCAGCUUCUACCAUUGUUCUGUCUUUACAGCUUUGUGGAUUGACGGGAAAUAUACUAGGCAUGUGUAGGCAGGCACAUCAAACACUACCUACUUGGUUCAAGCUUAGUGAUAGCAUAGGCUGCUUGGGCUUGAAAGCUCCCAGGAAAGAAGCCUAUGAGAUUGCCAAAUUCUCUGUGUGAAAGCUUCAGAUGCUGCAUUUAAAUGACAUAGGAAACAAACCUCCCUGUGGAGAUACUGGUGAAUUAUAAUGAGGCAUUCUGACAAAGGGGAAGGUGAGGAGUCUCACUGUGUUACAACAUGAAAAUGGACAUCAUUCUGGAGUCCCAGCAGGCAUGCAUGUGCUGCUCAUUUACUUGUUACUUUAAGUAUGCUUUACCAAUAUUGCUAUUUCUCUGUACCCUAAUUUAGUGUUUGCUUGUGGAUUUUGGUUUGGGGAGGGGAGGGAUAACAGAGUAGGGAAUGGGGGGGGUGGGCAUAUGGGAAAUGGGGUUAAGACAUAUAUGUAUUCAGCACACAUUAUAA